CCCCCCCCCCCGACUUUGUUAGGAAACAUUUUUAGCAAACUCAACCGAAACAUCAUGAUAUUAAAUAACUGUUAAUCUCUUCCUACUGCUGAAAAACUGGGAGAAAAGGGCUUUGUCUAUGGGGCGGGCCCAAAGAGAUCACUUAACUCCUACCUUUCCUGCCUGCCCCAAAUCACCUGAAGUUGGGUGGCCAAAUUUAAGUCUAAAAGCUUUGCCCUCCCAGAGUGAGGGGAUGCUGGGAGGUGGUACUGUGCUCUCCUACUUCAGUACUAGUUCCUGAAAGAAAGGGAUUUGAUUCGGCUCAUAUGCACUCCCCUCAGCCUUGGAAAAAGACUUCUUGCUUCUUCCCCCAGCAACAGCACCCCACAAUUCAAUGGGGUGGAGGGAGAUUAUGGCUGCCGAACACUUCAAUAGCCCAUUGGAAGAAGGUAGCUUUGAGAAUACAGAUGGCUGAUCUAAUGUCAGUGAGAAGGUUAACAACAGCAACUCUGGCAUGUCGAAACAGUCUGUGCUUGUGGGAGGCGGGAGGGACUGGUAAACCAGCUCAUGAGGAAUAUAAACUGCAAGAUAGAAAGGGAACAAAAGUCCAGCCAGAUAAGCCAGGUCAAAGACUCUUGUCGGUUUUAACUUUUUUUUUUUUUUUAAUAAUUCUGCAGCAAAUGAGAUAACUAAGGAAAGAGCAUUAGAAUGUGAGUAUCUUCUGUGAGCUAUUAGGCUUAUCAGGGCAUUCUGGGCCAGUUGAGGACAUGUUCUGGAAUAUGCAAUGGGCUUGUGUGGCUGAGGACGGUGCAGCUGCUAUGGAGAAGACUUAGUGAGACUUAAGCAGCUUCAUUUUAGAAAUCCCAUGGCCUCCCAGGGUGAAUCCACUGAGGGAUGUGCCUAGAUUCCUGAUGUGGGCACCUGUAUCCUCCUCUUCUGGCUUUUGGAUGCCUCAGGUUCUUGGGGACCGAUUUGGGCCUGAUCUUCCUUUUCUCAGGAGUGCUGAGAUUCCACCAACUUCGCUUGGACUAGUGGGUGAAAACGGGGCCCAAAGCUGACUGCAAUCAAGCACCCAGAGCUAGACAUAGCUGCUCAAAACAUGGACCUAAACCAAUCCAUUGCAGUAGAGUAAAGUGCUGAGGAGAGGUUAAGAGUCAUGCCUGGAAGUCCCAAAUCCAGGGACUGUGCUUGGUUUGUGUGCUUGGUUUGUGUGUACUGAAGGCCCAUUUACAUUGCAGAUGUUAUCUAGCAAAAGGUAAAUAAGCAAGCCACUGAUGAUUAGUGGAAAAAAUGACACCUACCAGUUAAUGUUCUUUGGUGUUUGGCUAUAUCCAAAGAGAAGAGAGCUAAAAUAUUAGGUAUGUUUAGUGCUUCAAAUCUUCCUUGUCUGAUAGGAGUAGUUACAUGGGAGUUUUGUUUCUUUGGCCUUCACCAUUUUGUAUUUGAAAUAUCAACUGACAUCUGAAUAUACUAUCCCUUGUGUAGGAGCAGAAAGAGGAGAGAAGGGUUCAAGGCAAUCCAUGGCAUUAGAUGUCAGGCUUUCCUUCUUGAUUGGGCUAAGGUAUCCUUUUAUUACCCUUGUUGGUAAUGCCUGUUACAGGCCAGAGACCUUCGACAUUUUGCCUCUUUUCCUCUGACUACAGACUGAGAUCCAACCUUCCGUUGUCACUACUUUUCAAGAGAUCACUACCAGUAGCGUCUUACACUCAGUAUUUAGGGCACAAACUCAGCACAAUAUUUAAACAGGCCAUUGAACGUAAUGGAGCUUACUUAAGCACAUGCCUAUCUUACGCAUGAGAGUAACUCGCUGAAUCGGCUGUAAUUCAGAAACACUACUUCUCACCUCCACACCUAUAUGGAUAACAUCUCAUAAACCUCACUUAGUCUGUGGUUACUUCCUAUAGCUUAUUGAAAAUGUGGCUUAAAAAGCUCAUGGAAUGACUCUCUGCACUAUUAAUACAUGCGUCUUGAUUCUAGAGACGACCCACCUUGUUGCCAGGACAAUAUACCUCUUCCCUGGGGCGUCAGUAGGUGCCACAAGUCCUCUGGAUCUUGACUCUGGAAUAUUUGUGUUGACAGAACAUCGGACGAAAAGCCUAGAAAAACCACGAAAGUUCUACAGGCCAGAAAUCCCUCCUCUUCCCCACGCUGGGUCCGACCAGCCAACAGUCCUGCAAGGCUUGGAGCUUUUCCAGGGACAAAGUCCUGCCCACUUGCUGAAUCAAAAGGAAGUCCAAAGUUGUCCCAUGUCACAGCUUCAGGACUGUUGGGAGUUCUACCAGGACGGUGCGGCUCAUGUUCUGGAUGCCGUCUCCGAGAUGGAGCUGCUGGAAGCGAGCACCCCUCUGCCGGACCCGGCCAGCGAGUUCGAUCGGAACGUUCCCCGGAUCUGCGGCGUCUGUGGGGACAAAGCCACUGGCUUUCACUUCAAUGCCAUGACGUGUGAAGGCUGCAAAGGCUUUUUUAGGAGGAGCAUGAAAAGAAAAGCCAUGUUCACGUGCCCGUUCAACAGCGACUGCAAGAUCACCAAAGACAACCGGCGGCAUUGCCAGGCCUGCCGGCUGAAGCGCUGCGUGGACAUCGGCAUGAUGAAAGAAUUUAUUCUGACUGACGAGGAGGUCCAGAGGAAGAGAGAGCUGAUAACGAGGCGGAAGGAGGAAGAGGCUCUUAAAGAAAGCAUGAAGCCCAAGUUGUCGGAGGAGCAGCAGAGAGUCAUCGACGUGCUUCUCGAGGCCCAUCGCAAAACGUACGACCCCACCUACUCUGACUUCACCCAGUUCCGGCCUCCAGUGAGAGCCAGCGCGAGCAAUAGAAUGGCGACGAGGUCGUCGUCCGUCCUAACGCACGGCUCCUCCUCCGAGGACUCGUCCGACACGUUCAGCAGCUCUCCAGAGUCCUUCGAGCACCGGAUGUUCUCCAGCAUGGCGCUGAGCGAGGACUCUGACGCAAGCCCGUCCAUGGACAUGAGCCUCUCGCACCUCUCCAUGCUGCCGCACCUGGCGGACCUCGUCAGCUACAGCAUCCAGAAAGUGAUUGGCUUUGCCAAAAUGAUCCCAGGCUUCCGGGACCUGAUGGCCGAGGACCAGAUCGCCUUACUGAAGUCCAGCGCCAUCGAAAUCAUCAUGCUCCGCUCCAACCAGUCGUUUUCCCUGGAAGACAUGGCGUGGUCCUGCGGGGGCAACGAAUUCAAGUACCAAGUCACGGACGUCACCCAAGCCGGCCACAGCCUGGAGCUGCUGGAGCCGCUGGUGAAGUUCCAGAUCGCCUUGAAGAAGCUGAGUCUUCACGAAGAGGAGCACGUGCUCCUGAUGGGCAUCUGCAUCCUCUCCCCUGACCGGCCGGGCGUGCAGGACACGGCGCGUUCCGAGGUCCUGCAGACCUACAUCCUAUGCAAGCACCCGCCCCCCGGCAACCGCCUGCUCUACGCCAAGAUGAUCCAGAAGCUGGCCGACCUGCGGAGCCUGAACGAGGAGCACUCCAAGCAGUACCGCUGCCUGUCCUUCAAGCCCGAGCACAGCAUGCAGCUCACCCCCCUGGGGCUGGAGGUGUUCGGCAACGAGAUCUCCUGACUCGGCAGCCAGGCCGGCGCCCCCCGGGAUUAAGGAACGGCUCAGCCUGGUGAGCGGAGGGCGCGGC